GAUAGUCGGUGGCUCCCGGACUUGGAGAGGGCUCUGCCGGCCGGCCAGUCUUCCCUCACCACGCGCCCCCCAGCUGUUAUCGAGUCGGGGGACCCUUGGAAGAACCAGUUGCGACUGCGCGGUGUCAUCCAGCCAGAUUGAUUCAUUAAUGGCGAAUUUGUCUGCAAAGUCCCGAGGCGUUGUUGCCUUCUUGGUCAGGACCCGGACUCUUCAGAGACUGCUGUCAGCAAAGAGAAGGACAAAACCCGACGGCCCUCGAGGACAAGUCACUUAACAUUUCAGUGCUCUAGUGACCCUAGGACUACAAAUUAUGGAGACCCUCUUUUGGUAGAGGGAGUUUCCUCAUCUGGGAAUUCCCUGCUCAACGAAAUCAAAAGCAAAGACAUUAUGGAUGGAGCUGAGGUUGAUGGGAUUGAAAUAAGAAAAAAGCCUCUUGGCACUAGCUGGCCAGUGUGGAUGGGGUCAAAGAAGGACGAAGGCUUCUGCCCCUGGCUGGUAUAGAAGAGGCGGAAGGAGAGAGAGGUCUUCAAGCCCUGAGCAGGUCUGGAAGUACAAAAAGAAAACUUUGACUCGGCUGUUCUGUACGAUUAAGAGUUUGGAAUGUUGGAAUUAUGUUAGAGAAAGAACUGCAUUUUCCCAAGGAUUGUACAUCUAGAAGAGAAGCAGACAUGUCUUUGGAUGACAUGGAGAUGAAAACUGACGACCUAUUAGAAAAGGAGCAGAUAGACAGUGGAGGUUUUGGGAUGGUAUCCUUGUGUUUUCAUAGAAAUCAUGGACUUGUGAUCCUGAAAAAUGUAUACACUGGACCCAAGCGCACUGAGUAUAAUGUUGCUCUCCUUGAAGAAGGGAAGAUCAUGCACAAACUGAAGCAUAAUCGGGUAGUGAAAUUCCUAGGCUUUAUUUUAGAAGAUGGAAAUUACUCUCUUGUAAUGGAGUAUAUGGAAAAGGGGAAUCUAAUGAAGGUGCUGAAGACAACUAGUAUCCCCUUGUCUGUGAAAGGAAGAAUCAUUCUAGAGGUCAUUGAAGGAAUGUGCUACUUACACAGAGAAGGUGUCAUUCACAAAGACCUAAAGCCGGAAAACAUCCUCGUGGAUGACGACUUUCACGUUAAGAUAGCAGAUCUUGGUGUUGCCUCCUUCAAGACCUGGAGCAAACUGACUACUGAGGAAAACAACAGGCAGAGGAAAAGAAAUUCCGCUGCUAAGGUGAACGCUGGCACCCUGUCGUACAUGGCCCCAGAACACUUGAACGAUGUCAAUGCAAAGCCCACCGACAAGUCGGAUGUGUACAGCUUUGCCAUCGUGCUCUGGGCAAUUUUUGCGAACAAGGAACCAUAUGAAAAUGCUAUUUGUGAAGGGCAGAUAAUAGCAUGUGUUGGAAAGGGAGACAGACCAAAUGUGGAAGACAUUGCUGGAAAAUGUCCAGAGGAGAUUAUUAACCUCAUGGUACGCUGCUGGAAUGAAAAACCAGAAGCUCGACCAACCUUUACUGAAAUCGAACAAGAAUUCAGACCUUUAUACCUUGAACGAUUUGAAGAAAAGGUAGAAGAAGAUGUGAAGAAAUUAAAAGAAGCAUAUCCUGCUCCAAAUGAAGUAGUGAAAAGGAUGCAGUCUCUCCAGAUUGAUUCAACCCCCGUGCCCCCAAGCAGAACAAAUUCAGAACAACCCAAUUCACUCCAUAGCUCCCAGGAACUCAGGACUGGUUAUAUUGAUGAGUCCAUGUUUGCUCCCUACCCUGAAAACCAGCCGGUGGAGAAUGAGGCCUUUCCUGAGGACCAGAGCCUACAAAGCAAGUUACAGGAAGAAGCAAACUACCAUCUCUUUGGCAGCCGAAUGGAUAAGCUGACAAACAGUCAGGCUAAAUCUAUUGCAGCUAAAAGAGAAGAAGAAAAGAGACAAAGAGAAGAAGAAAGGAGACAAAGAGAAGAAGAAAGGAGACGAAGAGUCUCCCAUGACCCUUUCACAGUAGGACCUGCUCAACCUCAGAAGCCUGGGUUUUAUCAGAAUACUUUCAUUCCUGGGAGGGGCUCCUGUUCUCCUAAUGCAAACAGUCACAGAAAUCUAAUACAGCAACCAGCAGAACCAUCUACCCCACUACCAGGACCACUGUUGAAUAACCAAAUUUUUGGAUCAAGUUCAAUAGAGCCAAGAACAAACAAUAUCUAUGGACUAACCCUAAGCAAUGUACCUAGCCCCUUUAAAAUACCUGUGCCUGAGUCUACCACAGGAGCAAACAUGCCGACUCUCCCAUUCAAUACGCUAGGUCACAUUACAGACAUGUCAAGUAUGAUGAAGAAUUUCUCCUUUGCUCCUCAGUUUCCUGUACAUCCAGCAAGCCUAGUUGGGACACCAAGGAUAAAUGUUGAUAAUUCACUAGAUGCUCACUCAAAUUCACAGGAAGACUCAAUAAAAUGCAAGUUUGUCAACAGUACUGGCAUUCAGGUUGGAAGAAACAAUUACAUGAUGGUUGACAACAACAGUCUGCCUUCUGAAAACACAUUUACAAACAUUCAAGAGCCAGAAUCCAAGUAUCUACAUAUAUUUGGAGAUACUACUAGCCUACUUGAUAAACAUCUGGACCCAGUGAGAGAUAAUCUUGGAAGGAUUUGGAAAAAUCUUGCCCGGAGGUUGGGCUUCACUGAAUCCCAGAUUGAUGAAAUCGACCAUGACUAUGAUCGAGAUGGACUUAGAGAAAAGGUUUACCAGAUGUUCCAGAAGUGGCUGAUGAGGGAAGGCAACAAAGGUGCCACUGUUGGAAAGCUAGCCAGAGCCCUCUAUGAGUGCCAGAGAAUAGACCUUCUCAAUAUUUUGAUAUCUGUGAGCCAGGACUAGCCUGAUGGGGGUAAAUUGAAAGAAAUGGAUGUAAAUACCCUUUUUUAAUUGUGCAUUUCAUUGUAAAGUAUGCUGUCUUGAAUGACAUCUUUCUGAGAUCAGAGUUAGUCAGAGUGACCCCAUCUUUCCACUUUGCCUAAUCUUUAGGGUGAGUGCCAGCCAGCCUGCAGGAAAGGACAGCCUGCAUGUGUAAUAAUCCCAACUCCUUAGUACUAAUUUGAUCUCUCUAUGAUGCUUUAAUAGGACAGGAGCUGAGAUGGCACUAGCACCAUCUCAUUUGAAAUGUGUACCACUAUUUUCUUUCCUAUAUAUGGAAGUUUUUUACUCCUGUCUUUAAAUGCACUGGGCACUUUGAAAUCAGGGCCUGGACCCACCCAAUAUUGCUGCCUUGGUGUGCUACAAUAAACUCCUUUUGUCUUAUUUCCCGAGUUUGCUUUAUCAGUCAUGGCAUGGCCUGAAGGAAAAUUUCUUUUAACAUUUGUCUCAAGUCAUUUGACAUACGUAGAAUUGAAAAAAGGAGAGUCUGUCUUCUAGAAAGAACAUGCAUAAAUUCCUUAGAACCAACCAAUAAGAAAAAGGCUACAGUUUAAAAAAAAGUGAAGUUAUGAAUAAUAAAAGUUUAUUUAGGGGAGGAAAGAGGAUUAGGAGAGGAAGAAAUGACUUUACAACUUCACAAAACGUGUAUGUUCAAAUAUGUCAUUUACCUAAAAGCUUGAUGUUUUGCUCAAGUAAAUAUAAUCGCAAAGCUCACUGAAGACGUCUGGAGAAUAUAAAUCAAACCUCUGGUUUUGUGCUCUCCUCAUCUCCAUAUUUUGUCACAGAGAGAGUGUAGUUUAAAGGGGAAAAAAAGGUGAAGUCUGAGGAAAUUUUCUACUAUACAGCUUGACCUGAUUCAACUAUUCUACAAGGGGAGACAAGGUAACAGACUAGAAGUUUCAAAGCUUCAUUUUGUUAUUACCCAGUUUGAUUGGGAACAGAGUGGAAUUGCAAGGAAUCUAGGUUUGUGGAUUUCAUUAGUGUAUGGAUUUAUUACUAUUAAUGCAGAUCAGCAACUGACCUGUAGUCAUUUAUUGUCUGAAAGAGUUGCCUGGGGCAUUGAGAGGGAAAAUGAAUUGUGCCGUUACUCUACCCAAAUAUGUCUGAGGCAGGACUUGAAUCCAGCAGUCUGAUUAAGAUUGUCCUCUAACCACUACACCACACUUGUUGUCAUAUGUUUGUUAACUAUUGAAAUGAGAUUAAAGAAUUCAACUUUUCAUGCUGUUAUUGUGCCAAAAUUAGUCAUAAUGAUUUAAAAAUAUUUUCUAUUGUUUUACAUAUUUUAAUACUUUUAAUUUUUUUUCCUUUUUGAUUAAAAAAGUUUUUUCCCUAUAAAUUUCUUCUUGCCAUUUAGCAGCUAUCAUAAACUUAUAAAACUUUCGAAAAAGUUUAGAAACUUUAGAAAAAGAAGGAACUUGUCCACUUGUUUCAUUUUGCAGAUAGGGAAAUUAAGAUCCACUUUCUCAAGAUUUCAGGAUUUGUAAAGUAGGAGAAUUGGGAGUUUAGCCUAGGUCUCCUGGUACCUAAGCUAGUACUCUUUCUACUAUACCGUGCUACCUGCUGACAUUCGCCUUCUGCUUUUAAGACUUCACUUUGAAAUCUCAGGUUAAAAUGAAGAAACCUGAAGAUUCAUCCAACUACCUACAAGAAGGUGUAGCAUCAUUUCUGAGAAUGAUCACAAAGAAGUGAGCAAGAAAAUUUAAAUGAGUGAGUGAGUUCAAGUGUUGAAAAAGUUACCCAAUACAAAUACACAAAAUCAUAGAUAUCUAGAUCUAUAAGUAACUAUAAGGAAUGUAAAGAGGCCACCUAGUCAAACUCCCCCAUUUUACAGAUGAGGAAUCAGGGUGACAGGAGAAGCAUGUAUAAGAGAUGGAAUUUUAAUCCAGGCAUUCUGACUCCAGAGCCUGUGUUCUUUUCACUCUACCCUAUAAGGACUUAAGUUUUUCACUGAAUGCUCUCCUUAAGGCUCCUGAUUAUGAACAAAAUCUUCAGAAAUGGGAAUACAAUUUAAUAGAAUUUUAAACUUUAAACCUUAAAAUAUCAUUCUUUAAAACUAGUGAAGUCUGUGUUUGCAUAAAUGAGACUGUUAUGUGGUAUUCAUUCUGUUGCACACUUUGAGGGCUCUUGUUAUUUCAUAGGACCACCAGGGACAGCGGGGAUAGAAUGAAUGACCCUUUAGUGAGUGUCAGAAAUCCACAUACUCUCCCACCCUUUUGAUUCAUACUAGAUAGCUAGGUGGGCAGGAAUUAAGUGCCAGCCUAACAACAAGAUAUCUAACUAGUCCCCAAUUGUUUUUCAGUAGUGUCUGACUCUUCAUGACCCCAUUUGGGGUUUUCUUGGCAGAGAUACUGGAGUGGUU